AUUUUUUUUGAAAUAAUUAUCUAAAUAAUUUACUUUUUUAAUGAAAAUAAAUACACAUUAUUUUUUUACUAUGUUAACAAAUUAUGAAAUAUAAACAUAAUAAAAAUUUAUAUAUUCACCGUAAAAUAUAUAAAUUGAAUGUAGUGUGACCAAAAUAUCCUGUUAAUUAUUUUUGUAUUUGUGUACUAACUUAUGGAGAACAAACAAAAACUAAUAGAUAAUUUACUUCAAUGGGACACAGAAAAAAAUCCAUUGGCACCAUUAAGUUCUUCACAACUAAGUACAUACUCAAGUCUUAGUGAAAAUUUAUUGAACUCUGAAAGUUCUUUUAGAAAAAAUGUGUCAAAAUCAGAGACAGAUGAAAAAAAUCAAAAGUUAAAUGUCAAUAUAGAGUCUACUGAAGAUUUUUUCAAGUUUUAUGAUAAGAUUGCUGAAACAUGGAUAACAACAGAAAUCAAACCAUCAAUGUGUCUUGCUAAUGAAUUAAAAUAUCAACUCAACGACUGGCAAGAAAUGCUUAAUAAAAUGGAUAAGUGUAUGAGUCUUAUAGAUGUUUUGGAAGAAAAAUAUAGUGAAGUAUCUAAAAAAACAAACUCCUUAUACUUGGCUGGAGAAGCAUUACAUACAGAUCAAACAUCACUUAGUAAAAUAUGUUAUGAAAUCAAUGAAAGAUUAUCAAUAUUUAAUGCUGUUGAAAAUAUUCAAUCAAAACUUGAUUCUUCUACAUUUAUUGUUUCUAGUGAAGUUUUUUCUGGGAUGAUGGCAUCUAUUGAUAAUGGAAUAAGUUAUUUAAAUGAUCAUUCAUCGUAUAAAGAAAGUAAUAAAUAUCUUGCAUUAUAUAUCAAUGCACGUUAUAAGGCUUUAUCCCUUAUACAAACAUAUGUAUCUCAAUGUUUGCAAACUGGUACUGAGAGUUUGGAUACUACUGAAUUUAUUGCAUAUUAUGGAAAAUUUCAAGCAAUUGCUGCUAAAAUUAAACCUGUGAUAGAAUUAGUAGAAAAAAGAAUUUCACUUGAUUCUGUAUAUACAUCUUCAUUAGACGAAUGUGUUUUAACUUAUGUAACAAGACGAAAAAUGCUACUUGGUGCGUCAAUUAGUAAUACACUUUUAAAGUAUACUUCAACUGGAAAUGAUUACUGUUCAACCUUACGUUCUGCUUGCAAAAUACUAAUCCAGCUGACGCAUGAUGAAAACCGAUUAUAUCAGUGCUUUUUUACAAUAAAAUCAUCAGUAUUCAGAGAAUACUUAGAGACUGUCUGUAUGAAUAUGUAUGAUACUUUAAGACCAUUAGUUAUUCAUAUGAAGCACUUUGAAACACUCGUAGAGUUAUGUACAAUUUUGCGCAUAGAAAUACUUCAAGAUUAUGUCUAUGAAGAUGCAUCAUUAGAAGUCUUUGGAUCUGUAGCUGAGUUGUUAUUACAAGAUAUACAAGAACGGUUGGUUUUUAGAGCAAAUUUGUAUUUUGUAACAGAUAUAGCUGAAUAUAAGCCAUCCCCAGGUGAUUUAGCUUACCCUGAAAAACUUAAACAAAUGGAAGCAAUUGCUGAAGAAAUGCAAUACAAACAAUUAACUAGACAUGAUUCAACUGGAAGUUUAUUUUCUUCUGUUUCAGAAGCACCCAUAAAAUAUUCUAGUUGUGGAUGGACAUCAGCAGCUGAUUUACAUGGAAUGUGGUAUCCACCUGUUAGACGAACUUUAAUGUGUUUGUCACGUUUAUAUCGUUGUGUUGAUAAAACAAUUUUUCAAAGUCUUUCUCAUGAAGCUGUAACAUUAUGUUUAAAAAAUAUUCGUCUUGCUACAUUAAUAAUUACUCAAAAAAAGAGUCCAACAGAUGGGUCAUUAUUUGAAAUUAAGCAUCUGUUAAUUAUUAGAGAGCAAAUAGCACCUUUUCAAGUAGACUUUACAAUUAAAGAAUUAAAUUUAGAUUUUAGCAAGAUGAAAAAUGCUGCUUGGGGAUUAUUGCAAAAACAUGAUAAAAUGUUUUCAUUAAGUUCAAGUAAUGCAAUUAUUGAAUUUCUACUUGAAGGCACACCUGUAGUUCAAGAAAAUUCUGUUGACUCAAGACGUUUUGUAGAUAUUACUUUAAAAGAAUCUUGUCAAACAUUCAUAAACCAUUCUUCUCAUUCAAUUAUAUCACCCUUAUCAAUAUUUUUAGAUGAAGUCCAAAAGUAUGUAAAAUGGUGUAAUAUGCAAGGAUUGCCUUCUGUAGUAAAGCAACAAGAGUUUGCACAACCUCAAUCCAUACAAGAAAAAGUGCAAGAAACUCAAGAAAAAAUAAAAAACAUAUUACCUAAACUACAUCAGAAUAUGACAUUAUAUUUAGCCAAUUCAGAUACUCAACUAGUUUUGUAUAGACCAAUAAAGAAUAACAUUUUAAAUAUUUUUACAAGAAUUCAACAAUUCUUGGUCACAAAUAACUAUACACAAGAGGAACAACAAUUAAUUUCAUGUCCUACACCUGAAAAAGUGUCAGUUCUACUAUCAUCUUCGUACACUUCAGUUAAAUCUUAUUCAAGAAAAACUAGUACAGUCUCAAUUAAUGAAGAUCCAUCAGAAAAUAUUGAGCAAUCAUAAUUUAUGAUGUGCUAUUUAAUCAAAUAAUUUUGUGAUACUAAAUGUCCUUAAAAUGAUGAAUUAUUAUCUAUUUUGUAUUAUAUAAUAAUUAUUAUAAAA